AUGUAUAUAUGUCUUAUUGAAAGGCAAAAAUACAAAUUUAAACUGAAUGUUUGCCUUUUUCAUGUAGUUCCAGGGGACCAAUUAUCAGCUGAAACUGGUCUUCUGACAUCUGAAGAGAACACUUCACAUGAUGAUUCUGUUGGACCUGAUAAUAUUGGGGGGUAUGGAGCCGUGCAGGACUUGGCAGAGUUCUUGGUUAGCCUCAGAGACCACCGUCUGGCCUUGACUGGAGAAGAGUGCGUCAAGAUCAUCACCCUAUGGCAGGCAUUGGGGGAGUAUGACAAGAGGAAAACCAUUUACCCACGACGUCACCAAACCUCCCUAAAACAGGGACGAUUCAGAGCCACUAAGAAGAUUGUGGCACCAGGUGUGGAGAGCACCAAAAGGUGUUUCGUUGGGGCUCAUAGUCCUGCACAGUGGCCUAGCUGCAACCGAGUGGUGGAGGCCAUCUUCACAAGGCUCUGUGCCCUCUAUCCAAACGUGGUGCGGUGUGAUGGAGUGAGGGUGUCCCGCUUCACAAUGGUGGUGCGUGCCUACAAGCACAUCCGAGAGUGCAUCCUCAACAAUGCUAAGGUGAUGAGCGAGACCACCAUCCAGCUCCCAGAAGUUAACACUGCAACAGUCACACAAUGGUACAGCAGGCGUUGUAAGUCACAGGAACAGGAGAUAUUGAAACAGGGUAUCCAAGCCCCUGAAGCACCCAUGGCAGGACCUGAGAACCUUCCUGCUGCUAUGCAGAAAGGACCGACUCUCUGUUCCAGCAAUUUGUCAGAGCCACACCUUUUUAUCCUGCCACCAAAUACUGCUGGGGAGGCUAAACUCAAAGGGAGGUCGCAACCUCAGGCCAUCUUCCAGGCUCCACCAUCACAUCAAGGACUUCCUGUCCCUAUUGCACCAGCACCACCUGUCUCUCUCCCUUUCAUUUUACCACCUGUGCAGCUUCCUACAGUUCCUGGUACCUCACAGGUGAUGUUCUUCAACCUCCCAUUACCUUCAGCUAUGCCACCAUCAGCUCAGACACAGACAUCCAGUCAACCGGUUCCUUACUCCACUCAGCAAUAUAGAAAGAGAAAACAGAAGAGGGAGAGCGCUGGAACAGUGACAAGAAAGUAUGUUAGGAAGACAGACGUCAUUCUUUGCAGAAAGUGCAAUAAGGAGAGAAAGCCACCAACACAUCUGCAGUACUUUGGCAACUGGUACUGCGAAGAGUCUGAGACUAAAUCAUAUGAUGAAUGGAGAGCUGUGCUGAUGGAACGAGGUUAUAGGAAAAAAAAGCCAGGAAAUGACAACCCUCCAGCUUCUUAAAAUUGCUCUU